UGUCUCUAGUAAGGUCAGUGCACAGAGAAUGAAGACAUCACAUAGUGUCAAUUUCUAAAGGCAUCAAACGUCGUGAUAUUUCUCAAUCUUUUGAGAUUUUGCUUGGAAAUGGAUUCGACCGAAAACACAAAUAAGCAAGCCACAAAGAAACUGGAUGACAAUUAUAUUUACGGCCGUUGGGGCAUCUAUCAAGUAGUCCAAGCUGCCAUUGUCUUCUACAACAUAUUGCCUACAGCAUUUCAGUUACUUAUCGGAGUUUUCAUUGGGUAUAGACCUUCCUUCCAGUGUUCAGCAAGCAGUGCUUUCGAAAAUGAAACCUUUACAAGAAACAACUCCUAUUAUGUUACUUAUGACAAAUGUCAUAUGAAAGUGUUUUAUAAUGACUCAAGUCAAAACAAAAUUACACUGGUCAAAGACAGUGCAUGUACUGAAGGGUAUCAGUACAGCCUUGACAAAUACAGUACCUAUGUCACAGAGAUGGAUCUUGUCUGCGACCAAGCGUAUCUUGGUGAGCUGGUGCAGACCCUUAUCAUGGCAGGACAGUUGUUUGGAGCAGCCAUUGCAUCGUCGCUCAGUGAUAGAUUUGGCAGAAAAACUGUUCUAUUGGCAUCUCAUCUAUUAACGUUAGCCUUUGGAUUUGGUGUGGCCUUUUCACCCAAUUAUAUGGUUCUGGCAAUCCUGAAAUUCAUACUUGGUGUUUUGCAACAGGGUAUGGUUGUGUCCAAUGCAGUGCUGGGAUUGGAGUUAUUUCCAGAAAAAACACGUUUCUACGGAGGAUCAGUAGGACUUUUCUUUUGGUCAACGGGACUGGUUUUAAUGGCUCCUAUAGCAUAUCUGAUGAGAAAUUACUCAUGGAGAUAUCUUCAAAUAGUUCUGACUUGUUUCUCGCUGUUUAGUCUAAUCCAAUUUUGGGUCCAAGACGAAUCAUUAAGGUGGCUGGCAGCAAACGGUAAAAUGGAAGCCGCUGAUAAGGUCAUACAAAAAGUGGCAAGAUGGAAUAAAAUUAAUUACGAGGAUCUUAAGAAAAUAGUUGAUAAAAGGAUGGCUGUCUUCGAAAAGGAGACCGAUGAUGUAGAUGCAAACAAACCGACGGCAGAGGAUACAAUACCAAGGGAGCUAAUUGUGGAAAAAUAUUCCAUUUUUACAAUUCUUAAGAAUAGAAACAUUUUGUUGAUAUCUAUGGUCAUGUGGUUUACAUGGGUGACCAAUACCGUAACCUAUUUUGGACUGACCUUGACAUCAACGUCUUUGGCGGGGGACCGAUUUCUUAAUUUUUUCCUGUCUUCAGUUGUUGAAUAUAUAGCAGUGAUAGUAGAGCAUUUAACAUUACUUUAUCUUGGUAGAAGAACAAGUACAAUCGUAUUUCAUGCUGUUUGCGGGGUGUCAUUAGCUUUAGCUACUUUGUUGAAUCAUUUUUCAGACGGUGAUAGCAGUAUACAGUUGGCCUCAGUUGUGAGUACAUUUGUUGGAAAAUCGGCCAUUACAGGAUCGUUCAGCAUUCUCUUCAUUUACACUCCAGAGUUAUAUCCAACAAACCUGAGAAAUGCAGGCAUCGGGUUUUCUUCAGCAUUUUCACGGCUAGGAGCUAUCAUUUCUCCUUUUGCGGGAACACUGGCCGAAGAAAUUCCUUGGGCUCCAGGAACUAUAUUUUCCGCAAUGUGUUUCAUAGUGACAUUCAUCAUCUUGUUUGUGCCGGAAACACGUGGUGUAGAACUUCCUCAGAAUCUACUGGAGGUAAAAGAGUGGUACAGUAAGAAUAGAGGCCUACAAAAUCAAAAUAAAAUUGAAACUACAAAGCUCUAGAUUUUGUCUACUUCUGUGUGUUUUGAAAAUCAAAACAUUGUAUAUACAUUGUUUAAAACUAAGAUUGUUUGUAAAUUGAUAUUUAAGACAAAUAAACGUUGCCUUAA